AUGUUUAAACGUAUGGCGUUGUAUGAAUUUCCAAUAAGGCAUAUAGCCUUCGUACCGUCAUUUAAGCCACCCGAUGAAAAAGACUUUAAAGCGAUUAAAGAUUUUAUUACUCGACAUCAAAAUAUUUUAAUACUCACUGGUGCAGGAAUAUCUACAGAAUCUGGAAUACCUGACUACAGGUCUGAAGAAGUUGGAUUGUAUGCAAGAAGUAACCAUAAACCUGUUCAAUAUCAAGAGUUUAUAAAAUAUCCAAGAGUAAGACAAAGAUAUUGGGCGAGAAAUUUUGUUGGAUGGCCAAAGUUCAGUGCUGUCAAACCAAAUGCUACACAUUAUGCUGUGAGGCAAUUAGAAAAGGCUCAAAAAGUUACUGCAAUAGUAACACAGAAUGUAGACAGGCUGCAUCAUAAAGCUGGAUCAGAGAAUGUUAUUGAGCUUCAUGGGACUGGAUACAUAGUUAAGUGUCUGCAGUGUUCAUAUGAGGUCAAGAGAUCAGAACUACAGAAGAAAAUGAUGGAUGAGAAUCCUGAUAUGGAAAGCACAUUCACAAUGAUAAGGCCCGAUGGUGAUGUUGACCUAUCGGAAGAACAAAUUAAAAAAUUUAAAGUACCAUUAUGUCCUAAAUGUGAAGGGCCGCUAAAACCAGACAUUGUGUUUUUUGGUGAUAAUGUUCCAAGGCACAGAGUUGAAAGAGUCCGUGGUGAAGUAAGUGGAAGUGAUGCAGUAUUUGUAUUGGGUUCUAGUCUUACAGUGUAUUCAAGCUACAGAAUUAUAUUGCAAGCAAAGGAAGAAAAGAAAGAAGUUGCCAUUUUAAAUAUUGGGCCAACUAGAGCAGAUAAUAUAGUAGACAUAAAGGUAUCUACAAAAUGUAGUGACAUUUUGACAGAUAUAUGCAAUGUGAUAUAA